CACAACCUGAGCAUCCAAGAAAGCGUAACAAAUAACUUGUUGAAGAUUAUUUACUAUCACGAGGGUAAUAGAAAUAGAUUAUGGAGUUAGCUAGACAUUCAUUUCAACAACCAUUAAAUGUUGCUCCUAGUUUAUCAAAUGUUAAUAAAACGUCUGUAGUGCUUCAACAACAGUCAGUAAUUCAAUCAAAUCAGCAUCAACUACAGCAUCAACUGCAAAAUAUGCAUGAUGGGGGUAUUGAAGGAAAAAGAAGAGAAAUACUGGCUAGAAGACCAUCAUAUAGACGUAUACUUGAUGAUCUGGCAGGAGAUGGUCCAGUAAAAAUGGAAAAUUAUGAUGACACUGGCAGUAGUGGAGAGUCAAGUCCAAAUGGAAAUAAUGAAGAAGAUAUUAACGGUAUAAAUCAAAAUGCAAUUCAUCAAGAAAAACAAUAUCAAAAUAUACAUUUAAAUGGAAUUGUUUCAUCAGUUCAAGGUGGAGAAAAUUCAAUGAAUCAGUUACAUGAUUCUCAGCCCGGCGAUAACCAAUACAUAAUAACAACACAAGGACCUGACAAUAAAAUACAGGCCUACACAAUAAAAGGAACGCUUCCGAUGGGUUUAGAUAAUACGUCUUUAGCAUCGCCCCAUCAACUCGCAGAAGAAGCUACGAGAAAACGCGAGUUACGUCUUUAUAAAAAUCGUGAGGCCGCCAGGGAAUGUAGGCGGAAAAAAAAA